AUGUCAGAAUCAGCGAAAUCCGGGUCAAACAGCGAUUCUUUGGUAAGAGAAUCGUCUGCGGAGCCGGCUACAGGGCAGCUGAACGCUACCGGAAGCACAGGCUCGAAAGAAAUGCUAAAAGGAGUCGAGGGAAAUAUCGCAGAUAAAGACGUUGCUUCAAAUGGUAUGGGACCCGUCACAGAGCGAAGACGAAGCAAAGCGUCUCGUGCGUGUGACCAGUGUCGCGAAAAGAAGACGAAAUGCGAUUUCGGCGAUGGAUCCCAUAGCGCAGUGUGCUCUGUUUGCAAAAAACUCGGUAAAACCUGCACUUUUGCUCGGGUCCCCAUGAAACGUGGACCCAUCAAGGGCUACAAUCGUCAAUCAGAGGACGCAGAAGCUGUGGAUGGCGGCGGGUGGGGGUCUCGGAAACGCAGUUGCUCGGAGUCGUUCCCGGAGGACUCAACCAGAGGCAAGAUUGACCUAGUUUCCCUGCCGCCUCUAAAUCAGUAUCUACCGUCUUCGUCGUCUUCUGGUCCCCAGCAGACGGUACACGGUAUGCUGGUAGGCGCUCAACAACAACAGCAUCAGCAGCAGUAUUACCAGCAACAGCAACAGCCACAACAACAGCAACAGUCACAACAAUUCUGGAAAGUUCCUUAUCACGAAUACCAGUACCAACGGCGAGAAUCGGUAGAUUCCCUAGCAAGUGAUACGUCAAAUCGACGCGGUUCCGAACAAUAUGCGUAUGCCGCCUCGAAUGCGUCUUCUGCAUCGCCGUUCUACCCCAUGCCACAGCCGCCCUCUUAUGGCCCACCACCAAAUGUCCCACAACUUGAAGCAGACUUCCAGGACCCUAGAACUACGGCACACUUACCAGCAUUACAGCGUAGCUCGUCAAUACAAUCGAAUACCUCGCAAUACCCGUACUCCCAGUUCAACAACGUGUUGCCACAACCUUCCGCCCAGCAGCCCUUCGUAUCUAUUCUGACGCAGCCACAACACUUGCAAAAUGGCGGCAACCAGGAGCAGUUUCGAGAAUUCAAUCCUGCAUUUCAUUCGCGUAAAAAUAGCGAUGUCAGUGAAGCUGUUUCCCCCAGUUCGUCUGUCAAGAUGGUGCCCACAAAAGCUCCGGUAUCGGCGCCAAAUGUACCCGAUGGGGCAUUGAAAAGCGACUUGAAUCGCAAGCGUUCACAAAGUGAACACUCGUCGAUUCAACAGGCGUCUGAAGCCAACUCCGACGGGGUUGCUCAAGCGAAACCCAAGGUGUCCAUGGGUCGAUCGGCAUCUUCGACAAAUAAAAGAAGCGGUUCACAGGCUUCUGCCGACUCUCAUGGAUCAAUAGGUCGCUCUAUUGUCGUUUACGGUAAGAUCCCCGAUAAUCAGCUGAUAGAUCUUUAUUAUGAAUUCAUCCACCCGACAUUCCCAGUCAUCCCUAUCAACAAACACACCUUGGCAAACGAUGUUUUGGUAAUAAACACACAGCCGGUGAGUCACAUUCAUGAGCUCAAUUGCUAUGUUUUGCAGUGGUUCCGAAACUCUCUAGAGCUAUUGGUUCGAGUUGCAUUAAAGAAACCAUCGGGCUCGGCAUACGAUUACAGCGACGGUGUUGUAGACGUAUUUGACUCUCAAACCACAUUUAUUGCCGCUUUGAAUGAAAGUUUCCAAAGAAUUGUGGACAUCCAUCCGAGGCUUCGCGAAAACGAUGGUGUGUUAUCGCAGAAGAUUAGGUUCAUAUAUCUCGCUACUUUCACUAUUCUGAACUACGUGCUGGCAUUUGUUGGGUACGACAAUUCGUUUGUCUUGGGCAUGUCAGUUACCAUAUUCAAUGAGCUGAAGCUAUUCAGGUGUUUGACAUACAAUGAAACGGACCUGGUGGAAGAAGACGACGGGCGGGACCCGGUUGUUGCGCCUGGCGAAAAGGGAUUCGAGAUCCUAUUCAAGAGACUGUAUUCGAUACUGGCUAUUUUUGAUUCGUUGCAAAGUUGCGCUUUUGGAGUCCCCAAGCUGAUGAGUGUUCCGCUCCCCGAUUUGAUUGAUGUAACGUUUGCUUACAGUUCUGAUAAAUGGAGUCUUGAAAAUGAUAGAUCCAGGGUUGAAAUUAUGCAGCAAAGUUUAAAGUUGGGGCACAUUCUAUCGCGGUUGUCGACGGGCCGCAAAAGCACACGAAUCGGACCGGGAGUGGAUUGGCCUGACGUUGAGACUCAGAACACGGCCGAUAAAGAGCCCUCGUCGCACUUUAUGCAGUUGCUCAUCGAAUCGCACAAGCUAGUGGCUCGAUGUACAGAAGUUUUGCCGGAAUUGACCGAGCAGCAUAUUUUGGAAUUGUGUUUUGCCAUAUGUCAGCUUGUCACCACUAUGCAGCGGGUGCUUACAGCUGUGAUGAAGACCAAUCCGACAAACAGCAUCGAUUCCAACAAUAGACCUCCGUCCAACACGCAACAACCGGGUGUCUACGCCAAUCAGCGCCACGAUGACGCGGCGCCCAGCACUACGGAAUCUGACAUGUACAAGAAACUACUGGGACUGAACGGCAACGCAAACACGUCUUUAUCGCAAGGAACCGUCUCGCCGUUUGUGGUAGCGAUUGUUGCGUAUGUGUCCAACCUGCUGGAGCUCGUGAAACAGUUGCCAAGUACGCUGAUCGCGCUGGUCGUGCAGCGGCUGACACUGCAGUCCGAUUCGCAGCGGGUGGUCUUGGCGCUUUCGAACUGCAUGAGCGAAUUGGUCCAGAUAACCAGUCUUUUGUCGGUGCUGAAACCCUACAAAAUGUUCGAGCAAACACCUCGGGCUCAUCGCGCGUCGUCGCUUGCCCUGGCACGAAAACUGCGGGAUCGUUACAGUGAGAAAUCAAACAACCUUGUUAACGCCGACAUUGAGACCCGCUCGCUGUCAGAUACCAUAUGGGGUCUUUUGUCCUCACUCGAACUAGGCUGGCUUUGA